AUGGCGGAUGAGGAACCACCUAAUACCGACGCUAAAAAACCAUGGAUUAAAACAUGGAUUUCCAAGAAGGAACUCGGUAUACAGAAUCUACUCCAUCAAGAACUUCUGGAGAGCGACCCUGUGGAGUACCGCCGAUUGCUGCGCGUUGACUCCAACCAGUUUGCUGACAUUCUCUCGUCAAUUGCAUCGUGCAUCCAAAAACUCGACACUGAAAUGCGGCCAGCCAUUCCAGCCAAAGACAGACUUCAACUGACGUUGCGGUUUCUUGCCUCAGGCGAAAGUCAACAUUCCUUAAGCAGGCAGUUCCGCAUUAGCCACAGCGCCAUGAACAAGUUCCUCGCUGAAACUUGUGACGCCAUUUACAAAAUGCUGGGACCAAAAUAUCUGGUGUCCCCGCGGACGAAAGAUGAGUGGCUUGCAGUAAUGAAGAACUUUUACGAAAGAUGGCAGUUUCCGCAAUGUAUUGGAGCGCUGGACGGAAAACAUGUCACAAUUAUCAAACCUCCGAACUCUGGAUCUGUUUAUUUUAAUUACAAGAAGACCUUCAGUAUCGUGCUUUUUGCUCUUUUGGACGCAGACAGCAGGUUUUUGUACAUUGAUGUUGGCGCACCUGGGUCUGACGGUGAUGGAGGCAUUUGGAGGACGACACCACUGAGGAAUGCCAUCGAGAACAGAACAGCCGGGCUGCCGAUCUCAGGACCUGGACCGGUCGGCGUCCCACCCGUCAUCGUGGGAGACGAUGCCUUCCCCUUGUCUAUAAACUUAAUGAAGCCGUACACUGGUACAAAUUUGGAUGAAGAAAAGAUUAAGCCGAACCAGACGGGUAGCAGAAAAUGCGUUUGGCAUUCAAGCAAACCGUUUUAG